AUGCUGUUCUCGCAUUUCCUGAAAUGGGGCAACAGUCAACAGGGUUUGAGUGGCGCCAACGUUGUUUACCAUGGCUCGCAGCCUGGGUCAUCUUUCCAGGAUGAGUCGGCACAGGCCGCAUCACGGAUUGAACGGAUGAUGGGGACUACCAUGGUUUUUCCUUUCUUUGAGUACAAGUCCUUCAUCCGCAACACUAAUUAA